AUGCGAUAUCAACAAUUAUUACUGAUCAUUUGCAUUUUAUCGAGUUUUUGUCUUCCAACAAUCUCUACCGAUGAUCGCUCAAGAACGCCUACUUCCAGCUCACACGAAACGGCAAGUGUUGAUACUGCACAUGCAGAGACAACUGCCGGUAAAUCUUCGAAUCAAAGCCCGUCGCAAAAAGGCGUUUCCACAACAGAUUCUGCUGGGCGAUCUGGCGACGAACUGUUUAAAGAGGCUAUGGAAAUGCUCAAGACUAUUGAGUCGUCCUCCAAAGAAAAUGCUCGAAAGAGUAACGAAGACGAAUCGGAUAUCUCCAUAUCAUCAUUACUUCCAUUACCGGUACGCGUCGUUGUAAGAGUACUGCUAUCACUCUUUUCGAUGAGUGGUCAGACUACGGACGACGCAAGGUCUAAGAAAUCUUUCACCUAUCAACCGUUGCAUCCGCAUUUAACUACCGCGGUCAAGUUGCUACGCGAAGCAGGACUAGGACUUGGCCAUGCCGAUUCUCUAUUUAUUCUCGCAGAAAUGAACUUUUAUUCCAAGUAUGGCCAUCCUCGCAAUUUGAACCAAGCCUUUUAUUACUACAAACAAUUUGCUGAUCGUUCGGGAAAUGCUACAGCACAGCAAAUCGUGGGCUUUAUGUAUGCUACGGGUAUUGGCGUUGUUCAGAGAGAUCAGGCAAAGGCACUCGUGUAUCAUACGUUCGCUGCCUUGGGACAUGACGUUGCUGCUGAAAUGACUCUUGGUUAUCGGCAUUACGCGGGGGUAGGCGUACCGCCUGACUGUAAGGAAUCGCUGUUUUAUUAUAAGCGAGUUGCUGAUAAAGCUAUCGAAUACUACCAAUCGGGCCCUCCGCUAGGUCGCCAAUUGCCUCCGCUUAAAUUGCGUCUCUCUGAUAAAGAAGGCGGUGUGUACGGGGAAGGGGCGAGUGGAUCUUUGUUGAGACCACAGCUCAAACCAAUAGAUUCCGCAACUUGGAAUGACAUCCUUGAUUAUUACCGUUAUCUUGCUAGUAAUAAUGAUAUCAAAGCACAGCUGCAGCUCGGUCAAUUGUUUUAUACAGGAAUUCGUGAAAUUCCACAAGAUUUUUCCAGUGCACAUAGCUAUUUAUUGAAAGUUGCACGACGAGUAUGGCCAGGCGAUGGUAUAGACAAAUUACCGGCAAAAGGGGACAUUGCUCGGAAGGCUGCGAAGGCCGCAGGACUCCUAGGUCGUCUAUACUGGCGCGGUGAGGGAGUACCGCAGAACAAUCGUACGGCUGCUUUAUGGUUCACUCGGGGUGCAGAUGAGAGCGACCCAACUUCUUUAGCCUGUCUUGGAGUAAUGCAUUUGGAAGAUGUUUAUGACAAAAAUGAUAUCUUAAUUGAACAGGAUCUUGAAAAAGCUAAGGAAUUACUUGCGGUGGCGUCAGAUGGUAAUGAUGCAGAUGCAGACGCACAAGUUUAUUCAGGGCUUCUUCAUAUGAGAAAGGAUGAGUUCAAUGAUGCAAAAAAGCGGUUUGAACAAGCAGCAAAGCAGCAUGCUCAUUUCUUGGCCUAUUACUAUCUGGGGAAGAUGUAUGCUGAGGGUCUCGGAGUACUACAAUCAUGUGAUAAAGCAGUUUUUCUUUAUAAGAAUGUGGCCGAGCGAGGAGAUUGGCUUCAUUCACCUUUUUCUGCUGCCACUGAGGCCUAUGAAGCAGGAGAUGAAGAGACAGCUUUUCUUUACUAUAUGUUGGCGGCAGAGAGGGGCUAUGAGAUCGGUCAAGCAAAUGUUGCUUGGUUAUUAGAUCCAGAUAAAGCAAAAUGGAAUCUUCGGUCUUCAUCUACGCGUGAUGCUGCGCGCGAGAAAAUGGCACUAAUAUAUUGGACUCGUGCAGCGAUACAAGGCAAUGUGGAUGCAAGAGUUAAGAUGGGAGAUUAUUACUUUAACGGCAUCGGAACUGAUAUUGAUUAUAAGAAGGCCAAAGACUGUUAUUAUGACGCAGCAUCAGAAAGUGCAAUAGCAAUGUGGAAUUUGGGGUGGAUACAUGAAAGUGGCAUUGGGGUGUCUCAGGCGAGUAUUAGUUUACGUUUAAUGUUGGAUUUCCAUCUUGCCAAACGGUGGUAUGAUCGAUCUCUAGCCAGUAACCCAGCAGCGUAUCUUCCGGUAACAUUAUCGCUGUUGAAGCUAUACGCCCAUAGUAUAUGGAACUACGUAACUGGUGGAGACAACCCUAUAAUUAAUUCCAAUGACGUCGAUGACUCGGAAUCAUUGGAUGAAGUACGACGGAGACCAAAAGGCCAGCAGAGGGAAGGAGGUUGGGAUAGUGAGGAAGAAAAGUUGCUGAAAGAUUAUAACAAGAGGAACAAAGGCGAUGAUGAAUCUGGAGAUAACACGGGAUUACACGAUGAGCAUGAUUAUACUGAAGAGAAGAAACAAGAAGAGGACGUUGUUGAGACUUUGAUGAUUCUGGCAAUGUGCCUGUUGGUUGGAUUUUUGGUGUAUAUUCGCCAAUUGAGAUGGAAUCAAGAAAACAAUAGAGCAGGGGGGCAAGGCCGAGUAGAUGGGAAUGAGAGAAAUCGAGAUGGAAGAGGUCAUCAAAAUGGUAAUGGGGAAGGAUUACAAGGGAAUCGAUGGAUUGAUCGUUUUGCCAACUUGGCUGAAGCCAGUAAAGAUGGAAUAGAGUUUGCACGUCAGCAGAAUAGGCUCAGAUUGCAAUGGCUGCGCAAUUCGUUCUUACACAUGUUGAAACGCAAACAUGGCCAACUGAGCGACGCAAAGAAGGAGUACAAUGAGAUUAAGGCAAAGCUAGAGAGGCUGGAUGGACUGAAAAACGCGGAAGAACUUACUGAAAAAGAAAUGAGAGAGCUGGCUAGGCUGGAGGCCAGGAAGAGAGGCUGGAGGAGAGAAGAGACCGAUGGGAAGAACAGCUAG